GACGAAGGGAGAGCUGUGCAUCUUAGUCCAUCUCAUUCUCUCCCAGGCAGACCUCCUCAGCAGUCUUCAACAUGUCAAGAUCCAGUUAUUCCAGCUAUAAUUCAGGCGGCGGUGGAGGCUUUAGUAGAUCGUCUACUAGAACCUCUGGUGGAAGCUUUAUUAGAAGCUCUUCACAACAGCCUUCUUAUGCUUCGAGCAUGCAUGGGGGUGCAGGUGGAACAAAAAUCUCUGUUUCCUCUGGUUUUGGCGGUGGAAGCAGUUAUGGCAUUGGAGGUGGUUAUGGCAUGGGAGGGGGAGGGGGAGGGGGAGGCUUCGGCGGAGGCUUCGGCGGAGGCUUCGGCGGAGGCUUCGGCGGAGGUGGUGGCAUGGACCUCCAUGUUGGGGCCAAUGAGAAGGCCACCAUGCAGAACCUGAACGACCGUCUGUCCAACUACCUGGAGAAGGUGCGCAGCCUUGAGAACGCCAACGGCGAGUUGGAGAUCAAGAUCCGCCAGUUCUUGGAGAGCAAGAGCUCCCCCGCUUCUCGUGACUACUCUGCUUACGAGGCCAUCAUUGCUGACCUGCACGGAAAGAUCCAGAAUGCCACCUGUAUCAAUGGAGGCAUCUAUCUGUCCAUUGACAAUGCAAAACUGGCAGCAGACGACUUCAGAACCAAGUUUGAGAAUGAGCUAGCCAUGCGUCAAUCAGUAGAGGCCGACAUCGCCGGUCUCAAGAGACUGUUGGAUGAGCUGACACUGGCCAGAUCAGACCUGGAGAUGCAGAUAGAAGGCCUCAGGGAGGAGCUGAUCUUCCUCAGAAAGAACCACGAGGAGGAAUUGGCAGCCAUGGGAAGCCAGAUAGGUGGACAGAUCAAUGUGGAGGUGGACGCAAAACAACAGCCAAACCUGAGCGCCAUUAUGGAUGACAUACGUGCACAAUAUGAGGGUGAGGCCAAGAAGAGCCAAAAAGAACUUGAAGUCUGGUUCCAAACACAGACAGAGACGCUGAACAAGGAGGUGGCAGUCAACACAGAAACCCUCCAAACAUCCAAGUCAGAAAUCACAGAGCUCCGUCGUUCAAUGCAGGGCCUGGAGAUCGAGCUACAGUCCCAACUUAGCAUGAAAGCGUCCCUGGAAGGCACUUUAGCUGAGACAGAGGGACGGUAUUCCAUGAUUCUCCAGGGCCUCCAGAUGCAGGUGACGAGCCUGGAGGAACAGCUGAUGCAGCUGCGUUGUGACAUGGAACGACAGGGCCAAGAAUACCAAGUGCUGUUCGACAUCAAGACACGGCUGGAGAUGGAGAUUGCAGAAUACAGGAGGCUGCUGGACGGAGAGGGCAGUGUCAGCACUAAAAGCAGUUCAAAGACCUCCUCUAGCAAGGUGACAAUUGUAACAGAGGAACUGCGGAAUGGCGUGGUGGUGUCCUCCUCUAAAAGCACCAACUAAUUUGUCUCCUGUCACCUGACGACCACAAGCAACGUAUUAAUUACUCAAGUACUACCUUCACAGACACAUGAAAAUGCAAUAAAAGUCCUGUGGUUUGCAAACUA